UUCAGAAUUGGAGACUAACUUAAAGGGGUUUGCUCAAAGUUGGUCUCUGGCCCGGGCUAGAAUUUCCGGGCGGUGACAGCACCGGUGCUCUCAGGAGAGCCAUGUCAUUGGACUUUGGCAGUGUAGCACUGCAGACACAAAAUGAAGAUGAAGAAGAAUAUGACAAAGAAGACUAUGAAAGGGAGAAAGAGCUGCAGCAGCUGCUCACAGACCUUCCUCACGAUAUGCUGGAUGAUGAUCUGUCCUCCCCUGAGCUCCACUAUUCCGACUGCAGCGAGGAUGACACAGAGGGCGAAACACAUCAUUCAGAACAAUUGAAGAUGACCUGGAAUGAGCACCAAAUGCUGCCUAAAUCUCAAAGUGUUAAUGAACAGAGUGAGAUUCAGGAUUUAUAUGAUCGAGAUGAAAGUGGCAAUGGAUGGGAAGACAAACAAAGUAAAACCAAAGACCUACAUCCUGGAGAAGGUGGAGAUGAAGGCGGAAGUGGUUACAGUCCUCCCAGUAAAUAUGAUCAGACUGAUUUAUAUCACCUUCCUGAAAACUUUAGGCCAUAUUCCAAUGGUCAGAAGCAGGAAUUUAAUGGGCAACAAAAGAAUGUAGUAAAACUUUCAGACCCUCAGAGGAAUCAUUUUCAGCUAUUUGGGACAUCACAUGGUCCUGGUCAUCCAACUCUGGAACCAUAUAGAGUGACAUAUAAGCCUUACCCGUCUUCUGUACAGAAUAAUGGCUCUCCAGCCCAGGAAAUAGCAGGAGGUGACAUGUUUGAAGACCUGCAACAACAGUUUUUAGGAACUAAUGAAAAUUCUACAGAGAAUAUGCAAAUAAUUCAACUUCAGGUUCUUAACAAAGCAAAAGAUAGACAACUGAACAAUUUAGCCGAAAAGUUGAGUGAAAGUGAACGUCAAAUAAGAUAUCUAAAUCACCAGCUACUGAUAAUCAAAGAUGAAAAGGAUGGUUUAACCCUCAGCCUCUGUGAAUCCCAGAAACUGCUUGAGAAUGGAAAGGAGAGAGAGAUACAGCUUGAAGGACAAAUAAAAGCGCUGGAGACGCAGAUACAAGCAUUAAAAGCCAAUGAAGAACAGAUAAUUAAGAAGUCCAGAACAACCGAAGUGGCGCUGGAAAGCAUGAAGCAGCAGCUGCUGGAUCUCCGUCAUUCUGAGUCACUUCAACGGGCCAGAGAACAGCACGAGAGCAUCGUAAAGGGACUCACAAAGAAGUAUGAACAGCAAGUCUCGACCUUGCAGAGCAAUCUGGAUGCCACAGUCACUUCACUUAAGGAACAGGAAAGCAUUUGCUGUCGUUUGAAAGACCAGGUGAAACAACUGGAAAGGAACCAAGAUGCCACCAACUUAGAAAAGACCGAGAUUAUUAGCAGGUUGACCAGAAGUCUGGAGGAGAGCCAGAAGCAGUGUGCCAACCUGCUGCAGUCAGGCUCAGUACAGGAGGUAUCUCAGCUCCGUCUGCAGCUGCUUCAAGCACAGAAGUCACUUGCUCUGAGUGAAAACAUGAACAAGACUUUGCAAGAAGAAGUAGCACAACUAAAAGAUGAAAUUUCUCUCUAUGAAUCUGCUGAAAAACUGGGAAUACUUUCGAACGACUCAGAAGGAGAGCUAAAUGUGGAGCUUACUCAAUCCUAUGUGGAUUUGGGUAUUAAAAAAAUCAACUGGAAAAAGUCUAAAGUAAAGAGCUCUGUGAAGCAGGAGACCCCCGGUGAAGAGCUUUCCAAAGAUGAGGUCAUUCUGCAGCUGAAGGCUGAAGUGCGGCAUUUGCUGGGGAGCAACUCGGUGAAGCGUCAGUUGGUGUCUCAGUUACAGAAUAAUCUCAAAGACUGUCAAAAGAAAAUCGAAGAUCUGCAAGGAGUGGAGAAGGAUGGAAAAAGCAUGGAGAUUGAGGCUAAAGCAAAAGCCUCCGAAAGAAGCACUAAUCAAUUAUGUGCUGACUCUUCUACCUGUGAUUUGAUGGUGAAGGAUGAUAUUCUGCGACUAAAAAAUGAAAUUCAAGUUUUACAACAACAAAAUCAGGAACUUAAAGAAACUGAAGAAAAACUGAAAAGUAAAAAUCAAGAUUUAUGUAACCAAAUGAGACAAAUGGUACAAGAUUUUGACCAUGAUAAGCAAGAAGCUGUGGAUAGGUGUGAGAGGACUUACCAGCAGCACCACGAAGCCAUGAAGUCUCAAAUCCGGGAAAGCCUGUUAGCAAAGCACACUUUGGAGAAGCAGCAACUCUUUGAGGUUUACGAAGGGACCUGUUUGCAGCUUAGGUCUGACUUAGAUAAGGUGAACAAGGAGUUGACGGCUGUGCAGGAGUGUUACCUCGAAGUGUGCAGAGAGAAGGAUCUUCUCGAAUCAAGUAUCAGGAAGACCAUGGAAAAGGAGCAUCGUGCUCAGGAGAAGAAGAUGAAACAAGAACUUAUUCAACAACUUGAAAAAGAGUGGCAGUCCAAGCUGGAUCAAACUCUACAGGCAGUGAAAAAGAAGACCUCAGAUUGUUGUAGUCAGACGGACCAAGUAACCACCGCUGAUGUUAUUUCCAAGGAAGAGAUGGCAGCCGUAUUGGAAGAGCAGAAGCAGAAGAUCCAUCAAGAUUUGGAGCAGGAGAAGGAAAGGGCCAUCAAGGGGGACUUGGAGAAAUUGGAGAUGGAAAUGGAGCUUAAAUAUUGUACAAAUAUCGCCAAGCAGGUUGAAGUAGCUGUGCAAAAGGCUCGUCAUCGCUGGCUGCAAGAACUGCCGGAUCUUGCCGAGUAUAAAGCACGAAUCAGGGAGGAACAGAAGAAGUGGGAAGAACAGCAGGAGAGCUCCGUGGCCAAAAGAAUGUUAUUGGCUAUUUCUGAAGCUAAAGAGAAGUGGAAGAGUGAACUUGAGAAUAUGAAGAGAAAUGCAGUAUCUGAAAAGGAACUGGAAGAGAAGAUUGAUUCUCUGCAGAGGGAACUUGAGUUAAAGAGCAAGGAGACCCCAGUGGUUAUCAGAGCUGAGCUGGCUAAGGCCCGGAGUGAGUGGAACAAAGAGAAGCAAGAAGAAAUCCAAAAACUCCAAGAACAGAAUGAGCAAGAUUACCGACAAUUUUUAGAUGAUCAUCGAAAUAAAAUAAAUGAAGUGCUUGCGGCAGCUAAAGAAGACUUCAUGAAACAAAAAACGGAGCUGCUCCUUCAGAAGGAGACAGAAUUGCAGGCUUGUCUGGACCAGAGCCGUAGAGAAUGGACUUCGCAGGAAGCCAGGCGGGUCCAGCUAGAAAUCUAUCAAUAUGAGGAAGACAUCCUCACAAUAUUAGAGUUCCUCCUUAAGGAUACACAGAAGGAGUUUGACAGUGAUUCAGAGAACAUGGAACUUUUGGAACUGAUGUCAAAGUGCUCAUCAAAAUGGAUAUCUGUGCAGUAUUUUGAAAAACUGAAGACCUGUGUGCAGCAAGCGUUUCAAGACAUGCUUGCCGCCAUAGAAAACGCUAGCUCCGAAUGUGAAAAGACCAAUAAGAUCACUGGGGUCACUGACUUAGGAGACCCUGAAGAACUGACAGGACAUCCUGCAUCUACUUCUGGACACUGUGCUCAGCCCUUGGCCUUGCAAGACACAACCGUCGAAGAUGAAGAGAAUGGCAAAUUUGUGGAAGAAUUAAUAGAAGAAAACAAUGGCAUGAAGAAUAAAUUGGAGGAACUGCAAGAACUUUGUCAAGUGCCACCAAGGUCACUAUCAGAGGGGGCUAUUGAAGACCGUUGUCAGCAAUACAGUGGGAAAGCCUUGGAAGAACUUCGUGGGCAGUACAUCAAAGCCGUAAAAAAAAUCAAACGUGAUAUGCUUCGUUAUAUUCAGGAGAGUAGGGAAAGAGCCGCGGAAAUGGUGAGAGCAGAGGUAUUGAGAGAGCGGCAAGAAACCUCCCGAAAGAUGCGCAAAUAUUAUUUGAUUUGCCUCCAACAGAUUCUGCACGAUAAUGGAAAACAGGAAGGGGCUGAGAAAAAGAUUAUGAAUGCCGCUAGCAAACUGGUUACAAUGGCAAAACUGCUGGAGACGCCCACUUCUAAAACUGCUGAAAAUGCCGUGAGCAAGAGAGCCGAGUCAGCACUGCCUCUGACUUCAGAGAUGCUGAAUGGAAUUGAAAAAUCAAAAAGAAAUGUCGUGAGUCAGAAUAUACCCUGUCACACUGAAAGCAAACCAAAUGGUGUAAAAACUGUGCCCAGGAGUAUAUGCGACCAGGCCCCUAAGAGGAGAGCUGCGUGUAACCUGGAAAAGCGGUUGGAGGGCAUACAGCAUGGGGACACCAAGCAAGUGGGUUCCAGAGGGUCACACAGAGACCUCUGGUGUGCCUACAAACACCUGGAUGCUUUGCCAAAGGAUGUUCUUCCUACUGUCCCUUGCGAAAGUGAAAGAGGUUUUGGAUUGUACCAGAAGACAGACUUCAGUGACACUGGCUCAGAGUCACUUCUUUGUUCAGCCACAUACUCCCUUCUCAGAUCCAGUAGAAACAAACCCUUACCUAGAUAUACCCCUGGUCUUCCUGAGUCAAAAUGCACACGUACAGCUUUUCCAGGUCCUAACGAAAGACUUGGCUUAAAAGUAUGUAAGCAUCUUCCAUUAUCAGUAGGUGGAAAUGAGACCGCCGAGGAAAAUAAAAGUGUGGGUGUUCAGGAAGCUCCAGUAAAGGACAGAGGGGACCUUCAUAACUUUGUGGGUGAGCCUUCCAGGCAUGCCACUCCACCCUGCAGUGGUCAGGAAGUAUCAUAUCUCUUCGGCCGGUCCCAAGAAACACUGGAUCCACACGUUGAGUCUGUUCAUUCCAAACAGUUUUCAGCAGCCAGCAGUGUGUCAGUCACCGAGAAGAAUAUGAGUUGUCAAUCAGCGACAUGGCAGAGUGGUCGGGCUCUGGACCCGGGAGUAGAAUGCAUGUAUUCCCAGCCAGAGGAGACCAGCAGACCCGGGCACCCACCUCAUAACACUGGUCUGUUGACAUCAGAUAUUAGGAAGCCGAGCUGUGCAGUACCAUCGCCCGUGCACCGGCUGCCUUUGAGAACAGCAGUGGUGCCUCUGCUGAGCCAGCAAGAUAGUGGCUUUGAUAGCCCGUUUGUUAAUUCAGACUAAUUGCUGUGUAGUACAUAAGAAAAGUCACUAAUAUAUUGAGGAAAACUGGAUGGGAAGACUUCAUACUGGAAAAAAAAAAUUGUGGCCUCUGCUUAUUUUGAGAUGUUUUGAUAACAUCUAUCAAUCACAUGAGUAAAGUGUUCUCAUAAAGUUACUUUGAGAUAUUAAUGUUGCCUUAAUCUUCCAAAGGCCCUCGGUGUUUGUGUAGUCUGCUUCUGUGGUGCUUGUAUUUUUUACUAAGACAUCUAUUUUUUUAUGCCUCUGAAUUAGUUCCUUAGGCAGUGUUAAAUUAUUUAAAUAAACUUGCAUAUGGUCUGUAGAAUUGUUAUGAAUUAUUUUGUAAUUCAUAAUGGGCAGUGUUGAUGUAUUUGAAACUCAUCCCCAAACUGCAGUCUUUUAUGAUUUGUAUUUUAACCAGAUACAUUUAAUUUUUGAAAUGAAUUCUCUCUAAUGAAGCUAUUAUAGAAUUAUCCUGUGUAUACUUUUCCUGAAAUUACCUACUCAGAAUUGUAAUCCUCGCUGGCAAUUAGUGGAAAAGAGAUUUUACAAGAAUUGCUACAACAAUCAGAGCUGUGUUCUGGUUUAUUAAUUUCCUAAAUAUUGGUCAAUUUCUUAACUGACAUUUGCAUUAGUUAAUGUGACA